AUGACAACAGACAAAACAAUCGGAGAUGAAAGAGCGUAUAGUGAAUUAAAACUGCCGUUUAGAGGAGAGCGGGGCUAUAUGUUACAAGGGUUGAAUGUUACAAAUAGCAUGAGAAAUUAUAUUAAGAAAACGGAUCGGAUUCGCAUAGAUCCAGAUGUUUUAGCUUUGGCAAUGAAAACUGUCAACGAAACUAUACGUUCCAUCCGGGAUGCUGGCAAAGAUUGGUUUACUGCUUUUUUAAAGCGAAACAGUUUUCUGUCAAUCCGAAUUCCUGAAACCACAAGUCUAAGUAGAGCUACAAGUUUCAAUCAAACAAACAUUGAUUUAUUUUUUGACAAUCUGGCUUUGGUUAUGGAUCGUUACAAAUAUCAGCCUCAUGAAAUAUUCAACGUUGAUGAAACAGGAGUGACCACUGUCCAAAGGCCUGAUCAAGUUGUGGCAAAACGUGGUACAAAGCAAGUAGGAUCAGUCACAUCUGGAAAAAGGGAAACUUUAGUGACAGUAACAAUUGUGAUCAUUGCUGUUGGAAACAGCAUUUCUCCAAUAUUUGUGUUUCUACGCGUUAAUUUUCGUGACCACUUCAUUAGAGAUGGACCAACUGGUUGCAUUAGAUCAGCUAACCCUUCCGUAUGGAUGAAGGAAGAUGAUUUUUUCAAGUUUAUUGAACAUUUUGUCUAUAAUGUAAAACCUAAACCAGAUAGACCUGUUCUCCUACUAAUGGACAAUCACGAAUCUCAUUUACCACUUAAUCCCUGUUCUAAUCAGACUGGUACUAAACCUGUUUUAUUGUCUUCCGAUAGCACAAAUCCAGGAGAUGAAAGUAACGUAUUCCAAAGACGCAUUGAAAAUGAUAAUGCUGAAUUGAUAAAAAAGUUCGUCCUGGACGUUGAGAGGAAAAAAUCUGGAUUUCUAUGGAAACGAUCACAUCUGGUAUUUUUAAAUGAAGCAAGUACAUUAAAAAGCAGUUUACAAUAA